CAGGUAAGAGGUUAGAUGCACUGACUUUAUCCAGCUGUAGGCUACUAAAACUUGUUUUGUUUGUUUGUUUUAAUAAACUUUAAUACAGUUGUUCUCAACAAAAACAACAGUAGCUAGUUUUUGUGGAUUUUGCAUCUUUAACUGGACGAAUUCAAGCUCCAAAUUCACAAAAUACGACCCACUUCUUGCAUUUUGAUGAUGGAUGAGGAGGUUUUGAUGGAUGAGAAGUUUCUGCUGAAGGCAAUAGUGGAAGAAGUUCCUCAAGAUCAGACUGUUCUUGUUGUCAAACCAGAGGAAAUCAACUUCAAUGAAAUCCAUAUACUACAUCUGGAAUACAGAAACAUCCCGAAGAUUAACCACUUGUGGGAAUUCACGUCCUUGGACAGACUGGAUUUGAACAGCAACCUCAUAAAGAAGAUUGAGGGCCUGGACCGCCUGAUUAAUCUGACAUGGCUUAAUUUGUCAUUCAACAGCAUUGAGAAAAUUGAGGGUCUGGAGUCUCUGCAGAAGCUUGAAGUGCUGAAUUUGUCCAACAACCGAAUCUCUGUUAUUGAAAACAUGGGCAAACUUGAGAAACUCAGUCAUUUCUUCAUUGCAAACAACCUCAUUGGACAGUUGGACAACGUGCUCUAUCUCAGGAAGUUCAAGAAGCUGUUCUCCAUCAACCUAUUUGGAAAUCCGGCCUCUAAGGAAGACGAUUACAAACUUUCUAUCGCAGCCUACUUUCCAAACUUGAUGCUCCUAGACUACAGAUUACUUGACGAGAAGACGAAAAAGGAAGCAUUUACCAAAUACCAGUUUAUCCUUGAGGAGAUGAAUCGUAAGGAGCUGGAGAUGCAACGAGCUGACGAGGCCAAACAACUCCAGGAAGCUGAAGUCAAAAUACACACGGAUGCUUUUGUGGAGUUCCUGAAUGGCUCUCACCUGUUUGAGAGCAUGGUCAAAGACGAUCCAGAGGCAGAGACGCUCCGCUGUGUGCCAGAAGUGGCUGAACUGCUUCAAACAUUUGAGCACCAAAUGGUGGAGCUGUGCACGCAGUUAUUUGAAAUAGGUUUGGAUGAACAUAAGCGAAGAGAGACGGAGGUGAACUCCUUCUACAGUGGUCAGAACAAGGCUGUGACAGACUACCAGCAGAAAGCAUCGCACAUGUUGGCACAUUUUGAGCCGCAACACAAAAAGAGGAUAGUGAAGUUGCCGCAGUUAUCAGACCCAGACAUCCUGGAGGACAACAUCAACCACUGCAGAGAUGAAAUCACCCAGCUCUGUAACAGCCUCAUGGAAGUGGAGUGUCAGCUGGUCAGCCGGCUGGAGGAUAUCAUCAACAAGUUGGACGUCAUCAUCUCAGACAUGGUCGGCAACUUCAGUGAAACUGUUCAGAGGAUAUUUGUGCAAUGUCGAGAUCUGGAGGAUAAUUAUCAUGAGAAGGUGCUAGCGGUUGCAGGGAAUUUGGACAUGGACGACCUGGAUGAGAAGGGCAUGCCAGAUGAUGUUAAAAAUCUGUUUACAGACAAAGACACAGUGAUGGACGCUCUGGCCACCGGCCACGAAAACCACCAGCUGACGAUCAAGGACCGAGAGACUCAGUUGGUUACACGUGUCGACGCCUGGAAAGUGGCCCUCAUUACAGGGAUUCAAGACAAAGAACUCAAGCGGAACCGCAUGCGCAUCUCAGACAUCCACAGAUAUGUGGACUAUUUGUUUGAGCAACUGGAUGAGAUGUAGUAGCAUCAUCUGUAAACAUUUCCACCAAAACGUUUGUGUAUGUGUUAAAAAAUGGAACAGGACAUUUACGUAACAUGACUGGACAACUGUAACAAAUUUCACUGUGUGCAAGUAAAAAUAUUUGUCUUUUAUAAUUUCUACAUUUGGUCUGUACACAAUAAAAUAUGUAAGAAAUAA